UUUGAGCACCGCUCACCACGUCGCACAGACUGGCGCAGACCCACCACACACAAAACUGCAGCCACAAGCUUCACCCCUCCUGACAAAAUCAGUGUAAUAAUACACACAUCUUAUAAAUUACAUCUGACGUACAGAAAUGUCACCAACAAUACCACAGGCGAAAAAUUGGCGCGAGCAUAAUCGCAUUCAUAAGGAGCAAAGAAAGAAAUGGAGAGAAGAGAGGUUAAUAAAGAAAGUGAAGCACGAGGAAAGUGAGAAACUCGAGGAAACGAAGAAAGCUGAUGACAGGCAAUCUAUUAAAAAAGUGAAUAUUUCCACUGUGAGCAUCGCCGUGCCGGGUUCUAUACUAGAUAACGCACAGUCCCCAGAACUACGAACUUAUCUGGCGGGUCAAAUUGCACGUGCUGCUUGUAUAUACAAAGUGGAUGAGGUUAUAGUCUUUGAUGACAAGGGAGAGAUAACGGAAAGCGAGAAGAAGAAAUUAAGGAAAGAUGACGUUCUUGGUGAAGGACGAGUUGGUUGCAUUCAACUCGCUAGGAUAUUGCAGUAUCUGGAAUGUCCUCAGUAUUUGCGAAAAUAUUUCUUCCCUCUGCACAAAGAUCUGCAAUACGCAGGGCUGUUAAAUCCUUUGGAUGCGCCUCAUCAUUUGAGACAACAGGAUGUUUCCCUAUUUCGCGAGGGUGUCGUCACAAAUAAACCGAUUAAAACUGGUAAAGGUUCUCAAGUUAAUGUGGGAUUACUCAAUGAUGUUCAUGUGGAUAAAGUGUUGACUUCCGGCAUACGUGUUACGGUUAAAAUUUCUCCUGAUCAGGACAAUGCAAAAAAGAUAAAAGGACUUGUGGUGCCACCGAACAUACCCAUAGCGGAAACUGGAAUAUACUGGGGAUAUACAGUUAGAUUGGCCAAUAAUUUGACUGAAAUCUUUUCAAAGUGUCCUUAUGCAGAAGGAUAUGAUUUAUCUAUCGGAACAUCCGAUAAAGGAACUUCUAUCGAUGACAUUACACCAAGAAGUUUAGAGUAUAAUCAUGCAUUGAUUGUAUUUGGUGGAUUAUCAGGCUUAGAAGCUGCUCUAGAUGUGGAUGAUCAUUUAAAUGUUGAUGAUCCUUGUUUGCUUUUUCAUAAAUAUUUAAAUACAUGCCCUAUGCAAGGCUCAAGAACUAUCAGAACAGAGGAAGCCAUUCUAGUGUCACUGGCUGAAUUAAGGAGUAAGUUAGCUCCAAAAUAUACACCAGUUUUAAGCUCAGAAUUUAGUAGUUUUAUAGAAAAACAAAAGCCUGAUAAUUUAAACACAACUGAGGAAACUCAUAAAGAUGAUACGAAUGCAUAUAACUCAGAUGAUGAUUCGUCUGAGUGACUCAAGUUAUAUGCAUAAAGAAGUGUAUUAGCGACUCAUCACAACAUUGUAUAGUAACCACCUUUUAUUAUACAGAAAUAUUGUUAAUAAAACAGUACAAAAGUGUUAACCUUCA